AUGCUGUCGCGCUGGGCAGAAGAGGAAUGGCGCCGAACAAAGCCGAAGCGAAGCAAGGAGGAGAGGGAGAGGAGAGGAGAGGAUCGCGCUGAGAGUAGCCCUGUGCAUGAUAGAAAACCUGAGCCGAGAGCUGACAGCAAACAGAAGCUGGAUAGGAGUAGAGCAACCGAUGAGUCCAAGGCUGCGCGGGAGGCAAACCAGGGUGAUGUGCAGAGAGGGGAGGGGAAACCUCUCAGCAAGAACAGAAGAGGAGGAGAAGAACAUGAGCACAAGAGUGCCGCCAUGAGCAGUGAGGCUCCGAGGUCUUCGGCAAGGAAAUCAGAGGAGAGGGCAAACAAGUCCCAGCAGCCUUUGACGAAGGACGACAUGGUUCGAGAAGAAAAGCUGAGAGAACGAGAGGAGCGCAUCAGAGAACGGGAGGAAAUGCUGCGACAAUGGGAGUUGAGCCAGGAAAAGAGCAGGGCAUCUCCCAGCAUGAGCGACAGCAAGAAACGGAGCCUUGCUCCCAGGAGAGACCUCGCUCCAAAUCGCUCAGGGGGGAAUGACAUGGCUCCACCUAGCACAGAUACAAGUCAUCAUCUGGUUUCCAGAGCUUCUGGUGCUUCCGUCCCAUACUCGCCUUCUUCCAACUAUACCAACUCUUCUCCCCGUCCGCUUUCCUCCAUCCCGGAGCCAUCUCCCCGACAGGGUGAUCGGUUGGAUACUCCUAGAGGGCGGAUCACUCCAUCGAUCUCCUACGAGCGCAAUGGUAACGACAUGACAGGUCGCUUGACGCUCACACCUGCUGAUAGCAAUCUUCGAGUCUCCCCGCGAUGGACGUCAACAUCGUACUCAAGAAGUUAUCGAGGAAUUUUCUCCAAGAGUUCAUUUUUCAUGGGAGUCAAAAGGCACACCAUCGCGGCGAAGAGGUUGACGGAUGAAGUGGAUGCCCUGAAAUCAAAGCUAACGUCCAAGCAAGUUGCACUGGACGAUUUGCAUCAAAGAUAUGAGGAGACGUUCCAGGAGAAACUGUCCAAGAUUCAUUCACACUGGAACAGAAUGAAACAGGAUAAGCAUGCUGAUGUACUGGUGAUUCAGAACAAGAUUGAAAGGAUAUUCUCUGCCGUUGAUGCCUUGGAAAAAACACUUUCCGCCGCGCAAAGCUACGCAACUUCGUCGAAUGUUUUUCAACCUGCUUCACGAGCCUUCUUCCCGCGCAGUCUUGGCAGAGCAGGCAGAGAGAGGCUGCAUCAGAACAGGGGAUUCCAGAGGGAAAAAGAUUUUCUUGAGCUCAGUUCGAUCGACGAGCGACCGUCUGAGCUCUCUGCGCAUCCCUCGAAAGAGUCAGCUAAGGGUCACAAGAUUCGGAAUGGGCAGGAGGAUGUGGCUUUUGACAUCGACUUGACCUUCGGCUCGGACUCUUCCAUGCACUCCAAGUCCUCAUUGUCGCUCAGUCCCUCCAUCCUGGCCUUCGAUAGCAGCCUGCACUUUCCCGUCAAGGUGGCUACCGAGGAAGCCAACGCGCGAGACGUCAAGGGCGCAGGGAGCAUGGGAAGCAUGCUGGGGGUACGACAACUCAAGGACGCUGAGUCCUCGGAGCCUCCAAACUCAGCGAGGGAGAGCAGAAGACCCAGCAGCGACACUCCUGCCAGUCUCAAGGCUUUCGGGCUCGUCCCGGGAGAUGCUCACACGUCAAGGCCUGCGGGCCCUCAUGCAGAGCAGCAGGGCACGAGCAGGACGCCAACGACACCCAGGAGUGAGCAGUCUGUGAUCCCUCUACGAGUGCCGUACACCACAGGGUCGAAGACGGCUCGAGGAAGGCUGCAGUCUCAACCCUACGAGGAGAUGAUCGGUUGGAAGUCCAAUCAGAAACCCUCCAUGCGAGCCAAGACUGACUUGGACUACAACCGCGCUGACGUCAAGCAUGACGCUAUCGUGUGGGUACUGAAUCUCACCUAG